UCCUUUAUAUACAUUUUCAACAAAUCUAUAUAAGGCAAAAAAGGAGAAAAAAUAUGUUACACAUCCAAGUCUUUAGAUUUCACAACUUGUGGCAGCACAAUUCGUAUGAUCGAAUCUAGAAAUUUACGCAUAAACAUUAAUUUUUUCGAAUUUUUUAAACGUACAGUUUAUAUCUUAAUCCCAGUUGGAAAUUUAAUACUGUCGCAAAAUGUCUGGUCGAGAAGGAGGUAAGAAAAAGCCAUUGAAGGCACCAAAGAAAGACUCAAAAGUUUUAGACGAGGAGGACGUAGCAUUUAAGCAAAAGCAAAAGGAACAACAAAAGGCAUUAGCUGAGGCAGCGAAAAAAGCCAGUCAAAAAGGUCCUUUAGUAACUGGUGGUAUAAAGAAAUCUGGAAAGAAGUGAUCGUAGCAUAAAUAUACAAGAUGAAGUAUGUGAUUGAUUACUGUGCAUAUAAAUGUCUAAUUACAACUAUAAUUUUGAACUGACCCAUUGUUAUACGAUUUUUCUGCGAUAUCUUUUUUUUACGAUUCUUACAUUUCGAGAGAUGUUUAAAACUUGUAAAUAAAGCAAUGUUACGUAUGUA